AUGCCCCCAUUUAUUUAUUCUUCGUUGCCUUCGUCUUGGCCCAACCCACAACCAAUGCUCCACUCCCUUUACUUCUUCCUCCUCCCGUUGCUCCUUUCUUCAUCUCCCUCAUUCCCGGCUUCCCCUUCCCCUUCCCCUUCCCCUUCCCCUUGCCCUCUCCUCUCCUUCCUUCAAACACUUUCUCUCCCCCCACCGUGGAACGAAACGCUCCCUCCCUGCCGCUUGCCCGGCGUUUCCUGCAACACCGCAGGCGACAUCGUUGCCCUCAACCUCUCCGGCCUCAGCAUCUCCACACCCCUUGCCGCUGCCGCACAUUACCUUGUCCUUCUCCCCUCCCUCCGCUCUCUCGAUCUCUACCUCAACCACUUCACCGGCACCAUUCCCUCUUCCCUCUUCCUCUCCCUUCGCCUUCGCUACCUCGACCUCGGCCUAAACUUCCUUGAAGGCCCCAUUCCCUCUUCUCUCUUCCUCUCCCUUCACCUUCGCCACCUCGACCUCGGCAAAAACUUCCUCAACGGCACCAUUCCCAAAGAAAUCUCCUUUUCCGUUGAUCUGGAGUACCUCUCUCUGUACGGGAAUUUUCUCACCGGCGAUAUCCCGCCGGAGCUUGCUCUCCUUCCGAAUCUCAGGUAUAUUUAUCUUAAUGAAAACAAUCUCACCGGGCGACUUCCGAAUUUCCCUUCUCAUUGCUCCGUCUCUGUGCUCUACCUCUAUUCGAACAUUCUCUCAGGGCCAAUUCCUACGAGUUUGUUCAAUUGCCAUAAUCUGACCGACCUUGCUCUCUCCUUUAAUCGUCUUGGAGGAUCGGUGCCUGACUUGUUUGAUGAAAUGCCGGCGCUCGAGCAUCUUUUUCUCGUUGACAAUGGUUUUGUGGGUGAAAUACCCAGGAGUUUGGGGAAGCUUGCGAAUUUGACUUCAGCGUUGCUUGCUAUGAAUCAUUUCAAUGGAAGCGUGCCUGAAGAGAUUGGAGGUUGCCGUGCACUGGAAUCCCUCAUUGUUUGGGGGAACCAACUCUCUGGGACGAUUCCAUCACAGUUAGGGAAGUUAGGCAGUUUGACUUCUCUUAUUUUAGCAGAAAAUCAGCUCGUUGGUCCUGUGCCUGCGCAUGUGGGCAACUGCAGCUCUUUGGAGGAGCUUAAGCUUCAUGAAAAUUUCAUUGCAGGUCCGAUUCCCUCAGAGCUCGCCAAGCUCCGGAACCUAAAAGCGCUCUGGCUUUUUGAUAAUCUGCUUGAGGGAACAAUACCUCCUGAGAUAGGGAAGUUAAGUGCUCUUUGGGAUUUGCAGCUUUAUAACAAUUGCUUGACGGGAACCAUUCCUUCAGAGAUUACUCAUCUGCGGAAACUUCAAUACCUCUCAUUAGCCCACAAUAAUCUCACUGGACAGCUACCUUCAGACCUUGGGAGAAGCACUGAGAAUGGUUUUAUCAAGCUGGACUUGACAGGAAACGAUUUCUAUGGCCCAAUUCCAUCUGGACUCUGCUCAGGUAACAAUCUUACUAAUCUUGGAAUUGGGAAGAAUCGAUUCAACGAUAGCUUUCCGGUUCAAAUCGCUCGUUGUUCAUCUCUUAGGAGGGUGAUACUGAGUAAAAAUCAUCUUCAAGGAAUAAUACCAGAAAAUUUGAGUUUGAAUUCAGGAAUAUCAUAUCUUGAUCUCAGUAACAACCUUUUUGAAGGGCAAAUACCACAAAGUUUCGCCCUUUGGCACAAUCUCACAAUGCUAGACAUUUCAAUCAAUUUUUUCUCAGGGCCUAUACCUGAUUUUUCUAAGCUCUCAAAUUUACGGACGCUACAACUGUCUUCUAAUAGGUUGACCGGCACGAUACCUCCGCAACUGGCUAACUGCGUACAGCUUCUUAAGUUGGACAUCAGCCAGAAUCUUGUUUCAGGAAGUAUUCCACUUCAGCUUGUGAGACUUGAAAAGUUGAUAUUUUUGAUUCUCUCUGGGAACAGGCUGACAGGCCAUAUUCCUGAUGGGUUUACAUCAAGCCAAGAUCUUUUAGAGUUACAACUUGGUAAAAACUUGCUUGAAGGAUCAAUUCCUUAUUCUUUAGGAAAUCUUCAGUAUAUCACUGUAGCUUUGAAUCUCAGCAAUAAUAAGCUGACAGGUGAGAUUCCCAGCAGUCUCAGUACGCUUGAUAAGCUUGAGAUUCUAGAUCUUUCAGGAAAUUCUCUAACAGGUCAUAUACCUUCUGGGUUGACCAACAUGGUGUCUCUUUCUUUUGUUAACGUGUCUUUUAAUAAAUUAUCAGGCAUACUUCCUGCCAGUUGGGUUAAAUUUGCAGCAUCAUCACCUGAGUUAUUUAUGGGGAACCCUGACUUGUGUAUACAGAGUGAUGAUGGGAAUUACUGCCAGAAAGCACUGAAACACAGGGGAAACAAAACUAAUUUUUUUGUUUUAUUCAUGGUAUUACUUGGCCUGUUUUUGCUUCUAGCUGUAUUUUGCGCGGCCAAUUGCUUCAGAUUGAGAUAUUGCUCUUAUAUGGCAUCAAAUCGUCGUGCAAAUUUCGUAGCGGCUUUGCCUGAAGACCUCACAUAUGAGGAUAUAAUUCAGGCAACGGAAGGAUUGAGCGAAAAGUAUGUGAUUGGAAGGGGAAGGUAUGGGACAGUUUAUAAAAUACAGAUUGGUAUGGGAAAUCACUGUUGGGCUAUUAAAAAGGUUGACUUGUCCGAGCCAAGCUUCUCUAAUGAGAUGAAGAUUUUGAACUUAGUGAGGCAUAGAAACCUUGUGAGAAUGGCUGGUUAUUGUAUAAGAGAUGGAUUUGGGAUGAUUGUUUAUGAGUACAUAUUUGGUGGAUCUCUCUUUGAUGUGCUGCACCAGAAGAUGAAGCCACAGGUUCCGCUAGAAUGGGAGGUUCGUCAUCGUAUAGCUCUAGGAAUAGCUCAAGCUCUGUCCUAUCUUCACCAUGAUUGUGUUCCUCAGGUCAUCCAUAGAGAUCUUAAAUCAAGCAAUAUACUGUUAGACUCGGAAAUGGAGCCAAAGAUUGGAGACUUUGGAAUAUCAAAAUUGAUGGAUAGUGCUAGUUGUAGUUCAGAUUUAAGCUCAGCAAAAUCUUCAAUUGUGGGCACUCUUGGCUACAUUGCUCCAGAAAAUGGAUACUCAACAAGAUUGAAUGAGAAGAUUGAUGUUUUCAGCUAUGGAGUUGUUGUUUUAGAGCUUCUAUGCAGAAAAAUGUCGGUGGAUCCAAGCUUUGAAGAUGGUGUUGAUAUUGUUACCUGGAUGAAUACGAACCUGCAGAAUGCCAAAAAUUUGGACCUUUUGCAUUUCCUUGAUGAGGAGAUUUGGUAUUGGAUGGACAAUGAGAAGGCUAAUGCUCUGAAACUGUUGGAAUUGGCUAUGUGGUGCGCUCAAUCUUCAAGUGAAUCUCGUCCUUCCAUGAGAGAAGUUGUGGGAAUCUUGAUGAAGUUAAAAUGCUAUUUGGUUCACUUCCACUCUGCUCGCGAGGUCCGCUAUGCUCGCUGGCUCCGCUGGCUCGCUCAGUUCUGCUUCAGCAUAUGUCCCUUAUCUGAUAUAUUAGUCAUAUCUAACAGAGCGAAGGAGGAUUCACUGAUUUUGUGGCGGCAUCCGGCGAAGUUCUACGACGAUUUGGUGCAAGAGGCUUUGGUGAGAAGCAGUUUGAGGCCAGAGGAGAUUCGCGAAGGAGGAGGCUCUGCAAAGCAGUUCGCGAUUGGCGGAGGAGAUCUCGUUCGCGGGAAGAAGAUCGGGCCAGAUCGCGAGUUUGCGAAGCCUUGUUCAGCAGUUUCGGCAGUUCGUCUUUUAAACCUGUGCUGGAGGCUGAAGGAAAGAUCCUGGAAGCACCGCAGUGAGAAGGAGCGGAGGCAAUUUCACAGGGGAGAGGAGUUCUGUGGUGAACAUGAGAAGUACCCAAAUUCUGCGGAUUGUUCGCAAGGGAGGCAGGCUCGCGGGAACGAACAGGUGCGAAGCAGUUCGAAUAAAAGGCUGCGGCAGUUCGGCGAGUUCUGCUUCGGGGAGUUCGCGCUAAAGGAGCAUUUGCGAACAAAGGAGUUCGGUGGUGUUCUGCCAGCGGAGUUCGCAAGUUUGUCGCAUGUAGAGUUGCGACAGGUGGUGCUCGACCAGCCGAGUUUGCAAGUUUGUCGCAGGAGGAGUUGCGGCAGGUGCAGUUGCGACAGGUGCUGCUCGGCCAGCGGAGUUCGCAAGUUUGUUGCAUGUAAAGUUGCAGCAGAUGCAAUUGCAACAUGUGAGGUUUUGCCAGCGGAGUUUGUAGAGUUGCGGCAGGUGCAGUUGCGACAGGUUGUGCUCGGUCAGCGGAGUUCGCAAGUUUGUCGCAGGAGAAAUUGUGACAUGUGGAGUUUGACUGGUGUUCGCAGUAGAGUUGCGACAAGUGCAGUUGUGACAGGUAGUGUUCGCCAGCGGAGUUCGCAAGUGGAGUUUGGCUGGUGUCCGCAGUAUUUCAGCCGAAUUUUUGUGCAAACAGGAAAGGUAGCAAGUUUGUCGCAGGAGGAGUUGCGACAGGUGCAGUUACGGCAGGUGGUGUUCGCCAGCGGAGUUCGCAAGUUUGUCGCAGGAGAAAUUGCGACAGACAGAGUUCGUGAAUUUCACGGAUUGUUCACAGGGUUGGCGCAUGUGACAGAUGGAGUUUGGCUGGUGUCCGCAGUAUUUCAGCUGAAUUUUUGUGCGAACAGGAAAGGUACUUCGUGUGAAAGAUUUGAUUCACGAAUCACAGGAAAUUGCAGGAAAAUUGCUGCAAUUGGCAGAGGAAAUUUCAGAUGUGUAACCCUAUGGCCGAACCCACUACCAAUGCUGCACUCCCUGUACUUCUUCCUCCUCUUCCCAUUGCUCCUUUCUUCAUCCCCCUCCCUCCCAUCUUCCGCUUCCCCUUCCGCUUCCCCUCUCCUCCCCUUCCUUCGAACACUUUCUCUCCCUCCACCGUGGAACGAAACUCUCCCUCCAUGCCGUUUGCCCGGCGUUUCGUGCACCACCGCAGGCGACAUCGUUGCCCUCAACCUCUCUGGCCUCAGCAUCUCCACGCCUCUGUCGGCCGCCGCACAACACCUCGUUCUUCUCCCCUCCCUCCGCUCUCUCGAUCUCUCCCUUAACCACCUCACCGGCAACAUUCCCUCUUCCCUCUUCCUCUCCCUUCGCCUUCGCUACCUCCACCUCGGCCAAAACUUCCUCAGCGGCCCCAUUCCCAAAGAAAUCUCCUUUUCCAUUGAUCUGGAGUACCUCUAUCUGUACAAGAAUUUACUCACCGGUGAUAUCCCGCCAGAGCUUACUCUCCUUCCGAAUCUCAGGUAUCUUUAUCUUAAUGAAAACAAUCUCACCGGGGGACUGCCGAAUUUUCCUUCUCAUUGCUCCGUCUCUGUGCUCUACCUCCAUUGGAACUUUCUCUCGGGCCCGAUUCCUACGAGUUUGUUCAACUGCCAUGAUCUAACCGAGCUUGUUCUCUCCUUUAAUCGUUUUGAAGGAUCGGUGCCUGACUUGUUUGAUGAAAUGUCCGGGCUCGAGCUUCUUUAUCUCGAUGACAAUGGUUUUGUGGGUGAAAUACCCAGGAGUUUGGGGAAGCUUGGGAAUUUGACCUCAGCGAUGCUUUCUAAGAAUCAUUUCAUUGGAAGCGUGCCUGGAGAGAUUGGAGGUUGCCGUGCACUGAAAUCCCUCAAUGUUUGGGGGAACCACCUCUCUGGGACGAUUCCAUCACAAUUAGGGAAGUUAGGCAGUCUGAAGUCUUUUAGUUUAGCAGAUAAUCAGCUCGUUGGUCCUCUGCCUGCGCAGAUUGGCAACUGCAGCUCUUUGGAAGAGCUUGAGCUCCAGGACAAUCUCAUUGCUGGUCCGAUUCCCUCAGAGCUCGCCAAGCUCAAGAACCUAAAAAAGCUCUGGCUUUUUAAUAAUCUGCUUGAGGGAACAAUACCUCCUGAGAUAGGGAAGUUGAGAGCUCUUUGGAAUUUGCAGCUUUAUAACAAUCGCUUGACGGGAACCAUUCCUUCAGAGAUUACUCAGCUGCAGAAACUUCAAUGCCUCUCACUAGCCCACAAUAAUCUCACUGGACAGCUGCCUUCGGACCUUGGGAGAAGCACUGAGAGUGGUUUGAUCAAGCUGGACUUGACAGGAAAUCAUUUCUAUGGCCCAAUUCCUUCUGGACUCUGCUCAGGUAACAAUCUAACUGUUCUUGUAAUUGGGCAGAAUCGAUUCAACGAUAGCUUUCCUGUUCAAAUCGCACGUUGUUCGUCUCUUAGGAGGGUGAUACUGAGUAAAAAUCAUCUUCAAGGCAUAAUUCCAGAAAGUUUGAGUUUGAAUUCAGGAAUAUCUUACCUUGAUCUCAGUAACAACCUUUUUGAAGGGCAAAUACCACAAAGUCUGGCCCUUUGGCACAAUCUCACAAUGCUAGAUAUUUCAAUCAAUUAUUUCUCAGGUUCUAUACCUGAUUUUUCUAAGCUCUCAAAUUUACGGAUGCUACAACUGUCUUCUAAUAGGUUGACCGGCACAAUACCUCCCCAACUGGCUAACUGCGUAGAGCUUCUUACGUUCAACAUCAGCCAGAAUCUUGUUUCAGGAAGUAUUCCACUUCAGGUCUUGAGACUGGAAAAGUUGAAGUUUUUGAUUCUCUCUGGGAACAGGCUUACAGGUCAUAUUCCUGAUGUGUUUUCAUCAAGGCAAGAUCUUUUAGAGUUACAACUUGGUAAAAACUUGCUUGAAGGAUCAAUUCCUUAUUCUUUAGGAAAUCUUCAGUAUAUCACUGUAGCUUUGAAUCUCAGCAACAAUAGGCUGACAGGUGAGAUUCCCAGCAGUCUCAGUAAGCUUGAUAACAAGCUUGAUAAGCUUGAGAUUUUAGAUCUUUCAGGAAAUUCUCUAACAGGUCAGAUACCUUCUGAGUUGACCAACUUGGUGUCUCUUUCUUUUGUUAACGUGUCUUUUAAUAAAUUAUCAGGCAUACUUCCUGCCAGUUGGGUUAAAUUUGCAGCAUCAUCACCUGAGUUAUUUAUGGGGAACCCUGUCUUGUGCAUACAGAGUGAUGAUGGGAAUUACUGCCAGAAAGCAAUGAAACAUAGGGGAAACAUAACCAAAUUUUUUGUUUUGUUCAUGGUAUUACUUGGCCUCUUUUUGCUUCUAGCUGGAUUUUGCGCUGCCAGUUGCUUCAGAUCGAGAUAUUGCUCUUAUAUGGCAUCAAAUCGUCGUACAGAUUUCGUAGCGGAUUUGCCUGAAGAUUUGCCUGAAGACCUCACAUAUCUCACAUAUGAAGAUAUAAUGCGAGCAACGGAAGGAUUGAGCGAAAAGUAUGUGAUUGGAAGGGGAAGGUAUGGGACUGUUUAUAAAACACAGAUUGGUAUGAGAAAUCACUGUUGGGCUGUUAAAAAGGUGGACUUGUCGGAGCCAAGCUUCUCUAAUGAGAUGAAGAUUUUGAACUUAGUUAGGCAUAGAAACCUUGUGAGAAUGGCUGGAUAUUGUAUAAGAAAUGGAUUUGGGAUGAUUGUUUAUGACUACAUGCUUGGUGGGUCUCUCUUUGAUGUGUUGCACCAGAAGAAGAAGCCACAGGUUCCGCUAGACUGGGAGGUUCGUCAUCGUAUGGCUCUAGGAAUAGCUCAAGGUUUGUCCUAUCUUCACCAUGAUUGUGUUCCUCAGGUCAUCCAUAGAGAUCUUAAAUCAAGCAAUAUACUGUUGGACUCCGAAAUGGAGCCAAAGAUCGGAGACUUUGGAACGUCCAAAUUGAUGGAUAGUAUUAGUUUUUGCUCAGACUUAAGCUCACCAAAAUCUUCAAUUGUGGGCACUCUUGGCUACAUUGCUCCAGAAAAUGGAUACUCAACAAGAUUGAAUGAGAAGAGUGAUGUUUUCAGCUACGGAGUUGUUCUUUUAGAGCUUCUCUGCAGAAAAAUGUCGGUGGAUCCAAGCUUUGAAGAUGGCGUUGAUAUUGUUACCUGGAUGGAUACAAACCUGCAGAAUGCCAAAAAGUUGGACAUUUUGUGUUUCCUUGAUGAGGAGAUUUGGUAUUGGAUGGACAAUGAGAAGGCUUGUGCUCUGAAACUGUUGGAAUUGGCUAUGUCGUGCACUCAAUCUUCAAGUGAAUCUCGUCCUUCCAUGAGAGAAGUUGUGGGAAUCUUGAUGAAGUUGUGGGCAUCUUGAUGCCUUAAAAUGCUACGCUGGCGUUCUCCAUUUCAGUCUCAGGGGAGAUCAAGCUAGUGUUAUAGUACUUAAACAAGGCCUCUUGGUUUUUCACCUCUUAGGUUUAUACGUAACCACUUUUUUUAAGAAUUUAUAGUGUGUUUAUGCAUAUCUAAAAGGAAUGCUACAAUGAUAAACUCCUAAUCUGUCAUAGUGAUUGUUGAAUUUUAAUUUGUCCGUGAAUCACACCCAAAACAAUAAAGCGUAAGAAAGAACAGUGAACACCAAUCAACAAUAAUGCAUGUUAUCUAUCUCCCUAAUUUUCUUAUAAAAUCA